AGAUAGAGAGGCAGGUAAAGAAAUUUAGAUUUUCGUUGGUCCGAGUCUAUUACUUAUCAUGUCAAAGAAAUGGGUUGAGUGUGUAACGGUUUGGCCAGCCAGUACUUACCUCUUAUUAAAAUAGGUAAAGCCCGACCAGACAUAUAUGAUCAUUGUCUAGAGGGCGCUGUUGAAGUGCUGGUGGCCUAGCGGUAAGAGCGUGCGACUUGCAAUCCGGAGGUCGCGGGUUCAAACCCCGGCUCGUACCAAUGAUUUAUUCGGAACUUAUGUACGAAAUAUCAUUCGAUAUUUACCAGUCGCUUUUCGGUGAAGGAAAACAUCGUGAGGAAACCGGACUAAUCCCAACAAGGCCUAGUUUAUCCUCUGGGUUAGAAGGUCAGAUGGCAGUCGCUUUCGUAAAAACUAGUGCCUACGCCAAAUCUUGGGAUUAGUUGUCAAGCGGACCCUAGGCUCCCAUGAGCCGUGGCAAAAUGCCGGGACAACGCGAGGAAGAAGAGUCUAGAGGGCGCUGUUAUUCUCAUGUAUAGGGUGACAGUUCAGUUUAGUAUGAAUAAUUUAGUUCCAAUUAAAUUCCGCAAUAUGGCGCGUGAUCAUAUAUUACUGGUCCGGCUUUAGUUUGACGAGCCAGGGUUGGUUGUCAUUGGCCAUGGGCAUAGAGAAUAAUUUCUGUAUUUUUCUUAUGCUCAAUGUUAUAACCAAGAAAAAGGGAUGAGUAUAGUUUAUUAUCCAACUGUUUCUGACAAAGUUGGUUUUCCAAACUAUACUUAAUUAAACCUGUAAAAAAAACAUGGCUGUUUAAGUUUACCUGUGCCCAGAAAAAAAACGUUUGUAAAAACGCCUCUUAUUCCAUGUAGCAACCCUCUGACGCAUGCGCGCUGCGCGAGGUCGAUAGCGCCAAGCGUCAGUACGCGGCGCGCCGCCCCCCGAGCGCGCCGCACGGUAUCAUGACGCGGGCCUCGCUCGCGCUGUGCCUCCUCGCCGCUAUAACCCUCUGCUAUGCCGAGAAGAGCAAAUUCUAUUAUAUGGACUCCUUAUGCAAAGACCACUUCCUCCAGCGCCAAUACCGCAAGCUGGACGGUGGGGUGCUCUGGUCGCGGAAUGAGCGCAACCUUGACUGCACGGUGACGUUUCAGACGCACAGCAUCCUGCAGAGGUUCAUCCUUCACUUCGACCUGCUGCAGCUCGACUGUAACGACCACCUGUAUGUUUAUGAUGGGGCGCAUGACACGGCGCCGCCGAAGGCGGACCUAUCAUGCCGCAACACGAAGCAGCAAGUAUCAGUGCUGUUCACCAGAAGCAACUUCGUGACGCUAAAGUACGUCACGGACAAUUGGGGCACCGACGCCAAUGGGUUCAAGCUUGUCAUCACGGCAGUUAAGGACCCUAAACACGGGUGCAAGGAGUUCAGAUGUGAACAGAGCAAGUUCUGCGUGAGUGCGGACUUGACAUGCGACGGUGUCGACCACUGUGCCGAUGGGUCUGAUGAAAACACCGCUGCACUAUGCCCAGAGAUCGGAGGCAGCGGUGGUCGCGGUGCAUGGGUGGUGGUGGCGGCGGCGAGCGGCGCGAUGUUGCUGCUGGCCGGCGCUGCUGGCGCUUGCUGCGCGUGCAGAAGGCGCGCAGAUCGACGCACGCAUCUACAGUUACAACAACUGGCGUCCAACGGCGCCAAGCCCGGCUCGCCGGCCACCGUGCUGCCGGGAAACUGGGCGCUCCCUGCGGGCCCGCGCGGGUACCUGGCGCGCCCGGGCCGCCGCCGGGCGCCGGCGCCGCGCUGAGCGCGCCGAGCGCCCCGCACAAGGACGAGUGGUUCGUCUGAGGCGGCCCGGUCGGGCCCGCAGGGCGGGGGCGCCGUACCGGCCCCCUAACUUACGACUAGACUCUGGCUCCACCACACAUUUUGCACUUCGUGGGAAAAUCGACUGAUCAGAUCUUUAGCUCAGUCGCCCUCGGAUAUCGUAGCGGCCGAAGCGUUCGCAACUUUUGAACACCUUGGCCGUCCCGAUAUUCCUGAUAGCGGCUGUACCGGCACUUAUGUAACAGGAUAGAUGAUAUCAAGCUGGAAGUGUAUGAUGGAUGAUAUCAGCGUGAUAAAGAAUUUUAUUUAACAACGCAAAAACAGAAAAGUAGACAUACUGCGAAAAUAGAAAUAUAUGAUUUUCAAAUUAUAAAUGAUGAAUCUAAAAACGAAUAAAUUGUUUACGAGUUUCAACUACCCUCUUUUCAGUAAGUAUAACGCGAUGCGAAAAGUGCAUAAAUUUUGACGGAUGUUUACGCACUUUUUCACAAUUUGCUGUCGAUAGAUACUGAAAAGUCUGAUUUGAUUACAAUUGUUUUACAUCAAUUCUGCAUAUCGAA